GUAUUACAAUUCUGCAAAAGUAGUUAACAGAAGCUGCUAAGAUGAACUCUCUUGUUGUCGUUGCUUCUCUGGUGGUUUUGUAUGCCGUGCAGGCGCAAGAUGCACCAACGACAGCGGAGCCGCAUCCUCACCACAGUCAUGCUUCCCAUGCCCACACCACACACGAGCCAAAAGAGACAGAGAACUAUUCCUUCGUCUAUGACGGGAGAAGUCAAGACCUGGUUAUCAAGACAGGCGACCAAUGCUACAUCAUGCCUUUGACAGAUAAACAGAAAACCCAGGUCCAUGACCCUGCCAACAUAAAGAAAGUCGAGGCUAAAGCUCUCAAGCUGAUCAUCGACAACUCUAUCCAGAGCAAUAUUGACCAGUCCAUUCUUGACCACCAUCUGGUACAUUUCUGCAGAGGCUCCACCCAGGUCAUCUUCCUCGCCAACAACUAAACGAUGUUUCUAUCGACAUAUCUGGACACGUACUACAACUUACCUUAUUAGAAUGGUAUAUGUGUGUACGAAGGAGUGAAAUAAACUGACUACCGUACA